CACACUAACGUUCGGCGUUUUGUUGUGAAAUUUACCUGACUUACCUUACCUCGCCUUACCCCCCAAACCGUGGACAUGGAUGAAUCCUCGCGCCAGCACAUGGACGACUGCUUCCUGCGCAGCCCCAGCGACGUGCGGACCACCAACGUGCCCGCAGCACCCAAGUCCCAGGCGGACAACAAGUCGCGCAAGACGGAGCUGCAUGUCCUCCGGCUAAACGACGAAAGCCGCCAGAUGACCAUGGAUACGCUGCGCACCAUCCACGGGCCGGACUUCAAGCUGGACGAUAUCAGCAAGUACAAGGAUCGUGGCAGAGGCGGUCACGGGGUAAAGCAUUCGUACUGGCAGGAUCGCGGCACAUUAGUGGUGCAGAGCGUCCAGGGUGUGAGUACUAGCCGCGGUGACAAUAGCGAUGGAGACCGCCUUCGCCGCUACGCUCUGGCCAAGCUGGAGAACUACGGCUUUCAGGCCGUCCACUGCCUGGAGGCGUACGAGCAUUGCUCCGGCGACACAGAGGCCGCUUUGCUGCUGCUCUACCGCCGCUAUAUGCGUGUGCCGGAAACGGAGCCUACGCAUUUGGAGGCGCCUAGCGAAACAGAGCUACUGGACAUGCGGGCGGAUGAGAAGGAGGCCCUGGAAUCUAUUUACGACAAGGCGUAUGAGGAGCGCGAACGGAACUGCGUGUGGAACCUCAAGUUCCGCAUUGAUCAUCUGCUGGCCCACAGUCCCUCGGAGGUGCGAAAGGCCCGAGAGGCAGUUCUGGCUGCCGCUGCCCAGGCGGAGCUGGACAAGAAGAAGAAGGCGCCGCAACGUUGUCGGAACUUUGAUCGCGAUGGCACCUGCCGGUUCGGUCCCAAGUGCCGCUUUGCCCACCUGCCACCGCAGCCUACAGAAAAGGAGGCAGCGCCGAAGAAGGGUGACGGCGUCGACGAGAACGACAACGAGCUGUGGUUCCAUGUGGAGGUACGCUUCCCGCCCGGCAGUCGAUAUCCGUACGAGGCACCCUACAUCUACCUGAAAACCACCUGCCACGACAUACCGCAUGAGCUUCGCCUGCGCUAUUCCCGUCACCUGUACCGAGAGGCCAGGGAGAUCUGCCGCGACGGAAUACCCUGUGUGUUUAGCAUUUGUGACUUGUUGCAGUCCAACGAGCAGCUAGCCGGACAUCUGGACACCGCACCCUUUCCCUCACCAAAGCGCUCGAUCUUCCACGACGAACCGGAGGGCGGUGGGCAAGAUCUGGAUGGCGCCGGUCAACAGGCUCCAAAACCCUCGCACUACGCCCGUGGACAGACAUCGCGGAAUGAUGGUGGCAACCAGCGCAACGCUGAGGCACAAGCGCGUGAGAAUCGACGCCUGCUGCAACAGUUUGUGGAGAGGCGAAAGGAGGAGCGGUACCAGAAAGUCAUUGAUGGCCGGAAACAGCUGCCCGCCUUCGCCGAGAUCGAACGUAUUCUGGCGCUGAUCGAGAGCUCACCGGUGGUGGUAAUAUCCGGAGAAACGGGCUGCGGCAAAAGUACUCAGGUGCCGCAGUUCAUCCUGGACAAUUGGUUCUUCCGCGCCCUCCAGCUGCCCGCCAAAGAGAAUCUUCCCCACGUAGAGAUUAUAUGCACGCAGCCGCGUCGCCUUUCGGCCAUUGGAGUGGCGGAGCGAGUGGCUGCCGAACGUCUGGAUCGUAUUGGCCAGCUGGUGGGCUACCAGAUCCGGCUGGAGAACAAGGUGUCUGCAAGUACGCGACUCAGCUUCUGUACCACUGGCAUUUUAUUGAGACGCCUAGCCUCGGAUCCAUUACUGGGCAGCGUCACGCAUGUAAUUGUGGACGAGGUGCACGAGCGAUCUGAGGAAUCGGACUUUCUGCUGCUUAUCCUCAAGAAUCUGCUGCAGGAGAGGAAGGAUCUCAAGGUGAUCCUCAUGUCGGCUACUCUAAAUGCCGCUCUCUUCUCCGAUUACUUUGGUGGAGCGCCCGUGCUGGAUAUUCCGGGUCGCACCUUUCCCGUGCAGCAGCUCUUCCUGGAGGACAUUCUGGAUAUGAGCGGCUUUGUUAUGGAGUAUGACACUAAGUACUGUCGUAAGCUGAAGAAGCAGGAGCAGGACGUGCUGGAAAGAGAGCUGGAGUACGCCGAUGUCCAGGCGUCGGGUCAGGCGCCGGGCAAGAAGAUCAAAGACGAGAAACUAACUCUGGCCGAAACCUAUCAGCGUUAUGCGGAAUACAGCAAGCCGGCGUGCAAGAGCAUCUACCUGAUGGAGCCGAUGACCAUUAAUCCAGAGCUUAUCGAGUCCGUGCUCAAGUACAUUGUCGAAGGUUCCCACGACUGGCCCCGCGAGGGCACCAUCCUCAUCUUUUUGCCCGGUUUUGGAGAGAUCCAAACCGUGCAUGAUUCCCUUCUGGAUCACGCACUCUUUUCGCCCCGCGCCGGCAAGUUCAUCCUGGUGCCGUUGCACUCAUCGCUGUCGGGCGAGGAUCAGUCGCUGGUCUUCAAGAAGGCACCGCCUGGCAAGCGAAAGAUUGUCCUCAGCACGAAUAUAGCGGAAACCUCGGUGACCAUUGACGACUGUGUGUUCGUGGUGGACUGCGGCCUGAUGAAGGAGAAGUGUUUCGAUUCAAAUCGCAACAUGGAGUCGCUGGAUCUGGUCUGGGUCUCCCGCGCGAAUGCCAAGCAGCGCAAGGGUCGAGCCGGUCGUGUGAUGCCCGGUGUGUGCAUCCAUUUGUACACCAGUUACCGCUACAGUCACCACAUCCUGGGCCAACCGGUGCCAGAGAUCCAGCGAGUGCCGCUCGAGCAGAUUGUGCUUCGCAUCAAGACUCUGCAGACGUUCGCCUCCCGAAAUACGUUGUCCGUUCUGCUCGAGACUUUGGAGGCGCCCACGGAGGACAGUGUGCUGGGUGCCCUAACCCGAUUAAGAGAUGUGGGCGCCCUGGAUGCCGAUGAUCAGCUGACGCCGCUGGGUCAUCAUCUGGCCGCCCUGCCCGUUGACGUGCGUAUAGGAAAGCUUAUGCUGUACGGAGCUAUCUUCCAGUGUCUGGACAGUGUGCUGACCAUUGCCGCCUGCCUGAGCAACAAGUCACCGUUUGUGAGUCCCUUGAACAAGCGAACGGAGGCGGAUAGGUGCAAACGAAUGUUUGCCAUCGGAAACAGCGAUCACCUCACCGUGCUGAAUGCGUACAGGAAAUGGCUUGAUGUGGCACGGAGGGGAAACUUUGCGGCCAGCAGAAACUAUGCCAGCGAACACUUCCUGUCGCUGAACACGCUAGAAACCAUAGCCGACCUCAAGUAUCAGUACCUGGAACUGCUCGUCUCCAUUGGGUUUGUGCCCAUCGACGUGCCUCGGAGGCGUAAGAAUGCCAGUGAUAAUAUACUACAACUUACUGGAGUAGAGCAGAAUCACAACGGUGACAAUAACCGCCUGUUGACCUCUCUCCUCUGCGCCGCCCUCUAUCCCAAUAUUGUGAAGAUAAUGACGCCGGAACGUGUCUAUGUCCAGACUGCAGGCGGUGCCGUGCCGCGUGAGCCGAGUCAUCAGGAUCUGCGCUUUAAGACGCGCGGCGACGGUUAUGUGAAGAUCCAUCCUUCCUCAGUCAACUCGCAGGUGUCUGUCUUCCAGGCACCCUUCCUCGUCUACCAGGAGAAAGUGCGCACCAGUGCCAUCUACAUACGGGACUGUUCGAUGCUGCCGCUCAUUGCAAUGGUUCUCUUUGCCGGCAGUGAUUUUAAGGUGGAGCUGCACGACGGCGAUUUCCUCUUUCUGUUAGAGAGCGGUUGGAUCAUACUAAAGGCCCACGACCUCGAGACUGCCGAGAUGGUGCAAUGCCUGCGGGCGGAGCUGAUCAAGCUGUUGGAGGAGAAGAUACGGGAUCCGUGCCUCAAUCUGUUGCACCACAAGAACGGUUGUCGAAUGAUUGGCAACAUAGUUCAUUUGAUAAGCAAAAAUAGCUGAAAGUCCUUGUCUGUUCUAUAAAUCGUUUGUAUAUUUUGUAUUAUAGCUGUUAUAGCCGAUAUUUAAAAUGAUUUAUCUGAUAUAUAUACGAAGAUAUACGCCAAAACGAGAGCAAUAAUACACACCGAAAAUGAAGGCUUUAAAAAUGUAAA